AUGAAGCUAUCAACGAGGUUGAUUCUGCUGCUUCUCAAAACACUAUUGUUUUCCAAUUCAAAGUCUCUUCAGGCUUCAUCAAUCAUGGCAAGUACAAAGACAAUGGAGGCAGACUUGAUGCACCAUGAUGUUCAAGAAGAAGAUGAAGCAGUAGAAGAAGAAGACUACGUGCUUCUUGAUCUUGAUGCUGUCUUUGCCCAAGUUGAUAUUACUCCAGAUACACCAUAUGUUCUUUCUGGUCUUGACACUCCGGAGCCAAUAUUGAUUAUAGAUGACAAAGUGAAGCUGAAAAGUGUCUCUGCAGAAGCUGCCCCUUUGGUUCAGGAAGAAGCAGGACCAUCAGAAGCGAACCUUUUUGCGGGUAGAUGCAUAAUAGAUCCAAACCAAGCUCCAACUAAGGAAGUGAAGCCAGUUGCACAACUUCACAAGAUCCUAAGGUUUAGAUUGUUACCGGAUGAUGAUUUUCAAGAUGCUGCAGUAGAAUCGAAGUCAUGA